AUGGGCCUCUUCAGCACCUCGACCGGCUACUUCGUGUACGCCGUCGUUGUCGGCGUGCUCUCGACGGUGACGUGCGUCGUCUACUUUCUCCCCUUUGUUAUUCGAAGCUUCGGCUUCGUCGCCGCCGUGUGGAGCGGGCUUCUCUUCAUCCUAUGGAUCGCCGUCUUUGGCGUCUUUGCGUCGCUGUUCAUCCACGCCGAUUCCGACGGUGACUCGGCCAUCCGACGCAUGAGGAGCGCCGUUUGGGUCGACCUCGUCAACGCCCUCCUCUGGCUCAUUUCCGCGCUGAGCAUCUUUGGCUACUGGUGGAAGCACCGCGAGAGUCGCUCCCAAUUCACCGGACGCGCCCAGGUCUAA